GCUCUCGACUCGUUGGUUAAUUGGAGGUCAGGUGGGGUCUGGUGACUUGUCUACGCUGCUCUACCACGUGUUUGGCCGCUAGAUGCUAAGGUUCCUGUCGCGAGUCGCAUUUUGCAGUUACAGGCAUCUUGUUUUUGGUUAUUUGAAACCUUUUCAUCGUGCCUUAAAAGCAAUGGAAUCCAUCGAAAUGGAUUCUGUUUCUCUAAAACGGCCUAUUUCUAGCAAAGACCUUAGUGGUGAUUCUGUAAAAAGGCAAAAAGUCUCGGACAAUUUGUUCUCAACAGAGACUUCUUUAAAAGCACAGGAUGUGGAACCUACUUCAGGGAUUCAGAAUGAAAAUGCCUUAGAUAGAGAACUUACACUUGAAGUGCCAGGAGAGAAAAAUGAAGAAGAUUUUGAGAAAGACGAGCUUCUGGAUGGGGAAACUGAAGAAGAAAGUCCAGAGAGCUUUGCAGACAUGAUGAAGCAUGGCCUUACUGAAAUUGAUGUUGGCAUUACUAAAUUUGUAAGCACUCAUGAAGGGUUUUCUGGAAUUCUGAAAGAAAGAUACUCAGACUUUGUUGUCAAUGAAAUAGGGAAAGAAGGCAAGAUCCUUCAUUUAAAUGAUGUUUCAGUACCAGCAGAUGAAGAGGAUCCUUCUGAAGAUAUAUAUUCUGUUCUCUCACCUGAUGAUAAAAAGCGUUUGGAAGAUCUUCAGCUGUUUAAGAAUAGGGAAGAUAAUGUUGCGAUUGAGGUUGUUGAAGACACUAAAGAAAAAAGAACACUUAUCCACCAAGCUGUAAAGGGUCUGUUUCCUGGGAUAGAGACUAAAACAGAGGAACGAGAAGGGAAGAAAUACAUCAUAGCUUACCAUGCCGCUGGCAAGAAAGCAUUGUCAAAGGUCAGAUCACCCACAGAUCCUCGGAAGCAUUCCUGGCCAAAAGCCAGAGGAAGCUACUGCCAUUUUGUUUUGUACAAAGAAAACAAAGACACCAUGGAUGCCAUAAACGUGCUCUCAAAAUUUUUAAGAAUCAAACCAAAUAUAUUUUCCUAUAUGGGUACCAAAGAUAAAAGGGCUAUCACUGUUCAAGAAAUUGCAGUUCUUAAAAUUACAGCACAAAGGCUAGCUCAUCUAAACAAGUGCUUGAUGAACUUCAAAUUAGGUAACUUCACUUACCAAAAAAACCCGCUAAAAUUAGGUGAACUUCAAGGAAAUCAUUUUACUGUGGUGUUAAGAAAUAUUACUGGGACAAGUGAACAAGUAGUGCAAGCCAUGACUUCUCUCAGGGAUAUUGGCUUUAUAAAUUACUAUGGAAUGCAAAGAUUUGGAACCACAGCUGUACCUACAUACCAAGUUGGAAGGGCUAUUCUUCAAAGUAACUGGAAUGAGAUGGUAGAUCUAAUAUUAAAACCAAGGCCUGGAGCAGAGAAAGGUUACCUGGUUCAGUGCAGAGAAGAGUGGGCUAAAACCAAGGACCCAGAGGCUGCUCUUAAAAAGUUACCUGUUAAGAGAUGUUUGGAAGGUCAGCUGCUGCGGGGACUUGCAAUGUACGGUCUCAAAAACAUAGUUUCUGCAUUUGGCAUAAUCCCAAGAAACAACCGUUUAAUGUACAUCCACAGUUAUCAGAGUUAUGUUUGGAAUAACAUGGUAAGCAAGAGAAUCGAGGAGUUUGGACUCAAAGUUGUUCCCGGAGACCUAGUGCUCAAAGGAGACACUGCUGUUCAAGUGGAAGAGGGCAAUGUUGAUAAUUACACAAUAAACGACAUAGUAAUGCCGUUGCCAGGCUUUGACGUGAUCUACCCUAAGCACAAGAUCGCUGCAGCUUACGAGGAAAUUCUUGCAGCAGACAAUCUUGAUAUCAAAAACAUGAGGCACAGAGUUAAGGAUUAUUCUUUAUCUGGAGCCUAUAGGAAAAUAGUUAUCUGUCCACAAGAUGUUAGCUGGGAAGUUGUAUCCUAUGAUGACCCUAAAAUACCACUAGUUCAAACAGAUCUGGAUAAAUUGGAAGGGAAGGCGCUUCCAGAAUAUAACAAAGAAGGGAAAUACAGAGCACUGAAGAUGGAAUUCUCAUUGCCACCUUCUACAUAUGCGACAAUGGCCAUCAGAGAAGUUCUUAAAAUGGACACCAGUAUCAAAAACCAGACCCAGCUGAACACUGUCUGGCUUCGCUAAAUUUUCUUAUGAACUCACUGCUGUCCUUUCAGUGUCCCUUUUGGCACUUGUGAUGACCAUUUUAUUGUUUAAAAAGAUCUAUUGGUUUCAAAAAGUCUUUUAAUUUGAGAGCUGUUUUUGUUACAGAUUUGCAGUGCACAAAAAUACAUGAUAAAUUCAAAAAUGACUGAAGAAUAUCUAUAAUACACUGGUCAUUUUUACUGUUCUAUAAGUUGUAUUUCUCCUUUUUUUCAAAGGUGUACACAUAACUAGGUAGUAACUUAAGUUAAACCAGACUGAGUUGAAAGAACAUGUAAAAUUUUAACUUGAAUAGGAUAGUUAUAUUUUUUUUUUUUUAUAAAUAGAUUGUGGUAAUGUGGAUUGCAGUUCCUUGUUUCUGUUGUGGAACUGCAAUAUUCUGAGCUUAAGAUUGUACUAUAUUAUAUUAACAUGAAGGCUCAUUUUCCGUGAUAAAAUAACACAAUUCAAAUUGCUUUAAGAGACUCUACAAUUUACAUUUUAUUUUGAAUUUGAGACUAUAUUAGACAAGUUUAUAAUUUAAUUUUAUGAUUUUUUUAGAGCUUCCUUGAGUGCUUUUGGAGAAGAGAAGGACAGUAUCUUAAAAAGAAUAAAAAAAAAUUAAAUGUAAAUCAGUUAUCCAAAUGAGAACAGAUUUUUUUUUUUAAGCAAAAUAUUCAACAUUAAUAGCUGCAGAAAACAUAAACUCAUCUCCAUGGAUUUCCCUGAGCAGAACAAGCAAACGCUAUAUAUGGAGGUCUUUACUUAGUAAUCAGGGUUUACUAGAGGUCUAGAUGUCUUUACCACAUUAAAACAUUUUCACAGCUGGAAACACGUUAUACAUUCUUCUGUUUUGUAAUAAUUUGGAUGUAAGAAAAAAGAAAAAACUACCAAAGUUUGAAUUUAAGUGCAGAAACUCUUGGAUUGGUGCUGUUUAUUAAGGAAUCGUUGCAGUACCCCAGAAAGCCAUGUGAGUUUUCAUGGGUCUGGAAAACGUUAUUUAGUGCCGUUAUUUUCUUAAUUUGAGAAUUAACCUAUGCCAUUUUAUUCUGUAUGCUCUAUGAUACAUAAUAAGUACAUAUGCUAAUCACCUGAACAAUAUUCUGUUGGAUCCUUUUUGUUAAUAAAAUUGUGUAUAUCAAAAAAA